AAUAUGCCUUCUAUUAAGAAGAAAGUGGUGGUCGUCGGCGACGGCGAGAGCGGUAAAACAUGCCUUUUGCGCGUGUUUUUCGAGGACAUUUUCCCAGAGGUGUACGUGCCAACGGUGUUCGACUACUAUUCGACUUUCAUCGAAGUGGACGGGAAAAAGGUAGAGCUCGACCUAUGGGACACUGCCGGCCAAGAGGAUUACGAUAGAUUGCGACCAUUGUCGUACGGUGGCGCGGACGUGGUGAUCAUAUGCUAUUCGAUCGACACUCCCAAAUCGUUGAUCAACGUGAUUGACAAAUGGGUGCCGGAAGUGCGGUAUUUUUGCAAGGAAGUGCCGGUGGUAUUGGUAGGCAACAAGAAGGACCUCCGCGACAAUCAUCUGGACAUUGAUCUGCCGCAGUCGGAUCCGCUCAUCGACAAGUGUGACGCAACCGACGUGAAAGUCACAGACGGACAGACGACUGCUGCAGAAAACGAUACGGUUGUAAAUGUGGACCUGCAGCAGGAGGGCGAGAUUGAAGUGUGCCGGUUUCCGGCGGACGAGCAAUUUACACUGGAGUCUGACGGGAAACCGGAUGAAACGGAAACGGUCGAAGAUGAGCUGCCGGUUCAUGCGACGUCGGACGUUUGCGGAGAUGCGAUAGUAGCAGAACAAGAAAACUUAGACGUAUUGAAAAUUGGCGAAAAAACUAUUAUCAGACUAGAGCCGGAAAAAUCAGUAGCAACCAUAGAAAAUCACAAUCCGGAUACGCCGAUGAAAACUACCGUCAGGAUACCGGAACACAAUACCAUGACUACCAAAGAGGUUGGCCAAUCAGUGGCCGAUGACAUAAAAGCUUUCGCAUUUUUAGAGUGUUCGUCGAAAACCAAAGAAGGAGUCCGUGAUGUUUUCGUUGCCACGGCGAAGGCGUCGAGACGGACUUCCAAACAUGGUACCCAGUGCGUUUUACUUUAAACACAAAACAAAUGAUAUUUCGUUUAAUAUAGGUAUGUAGAUAUAUACGUCUUAUACCUAUUAAUUUAUUAUUAUACGCUAUGAGUUGCGGGAGGAGGGAGGUUGAUACCGCUAUUAUUAUUAUAUAUGAUUAUCGUAGGUGGAGCUAAGCUUUAGCAAACUCCGAACAUCGUCUCUAUUGCCCGAAUAUUUUUAAAAUCGGGAAAAAAUUAUUACUAUUGUUUUAAAUUAAAUUAAUACCGAGUCAAACCAUGAAAUAUAAAAAUUGUUUAUAGUUUUUACGUGAGUGUUUAAUUUACGUUUUGUAUGAAUAAUGAACUAUAUAUACUUGAUAACCGCGUAUUAUAUUAUAUAUUAUUAUUAUAUUAUA